AGUUCUCUCCCUCUGAGUGAAGAGUCAUUCAGAGGGGAAGGCAACCCGGAGGAGGCACAAUGACGGGCAGCAUCGAGGGACUCGAGAGGUUCGACAGUCCGGGGAAGGGACGAGGUCUCCGCGUCAACAGACGCUUCAAAGUUGGAGAGCUCCUGUUCUCCAGCCCGGCGUACUCUUACGUGCUCACGGUGAAAGAGCGGGGCUGCUACUGUGAGUUCUGCUUCACCAGGAAAGAGGGAUUGGCAAGAUGUGGGAAGUGCAGGAAAGCCUUCUACUGCAAUGUGAAAUGCCAGAGAGGGGACUGGGCCAUGCACAAGCUGGAGUGCUCGGCAAUGACUGCAUUUGGGGAGAACUGGUGCCCGUCAGAGGUGUCCCGCCUGGUGGCCCGGAUCCUCGCCAAGAAGAAAACGCAGAAAGAAAGAUGUGUGUCUGAGAAGAUCUUGCUAAUAGGAGAGAUGCAAUCGCACGUGGAGGACGUAGAUAAUGAGAAAAGAGAGAUGAACGAGGGACACAUUGCCGGACUGCAUCGUUUUUACUCUAAACAUUUGGAGUUGCCUGACCACAAAGAGCUGCUGACGCUGUUCUCCCAGGUUUCCUGUAAUGGUUUCACUAUAGAGGAUGAUGAACUAUCGCACAUGGGUACUGCAGUCUACCCAGAUGUGGCACUGAUAAACCAUAGCUGUCUUCCCAGCGUCAUAGUCACAUAUAACGGGACAUCAGCCGAGGUUCGGGCUGUGCAGGACAUGAAGCCUGGAGAUGAAGUGCUCAUCAGCUACAUAGACCUCCUUUAUCCAACAGAUGACCGCAACAACAGGCUAAGAGAGUCCUAUUACUUCACCUGUGACUGCCAGGAAUGUAAAAACAAGUCCAAAGACCAGGCAAGGUUGAAAAUACGUAAGCGGAGUGACCCCAUCGAGCCGGAGGUCAUCAGCAACAUGGUGCGCUACGCCAGGAAAACCAUCAGAGAGUUCCGAGCCCUCAAACACACAAAAACCCCUAGUGAGUUGCUGGAGAUGUGUGAGCAGAGCCUGGAGAAGAUGGGAGCCGUCUUUGAUGACUCCAAUGUCUACAUGCUCCACGUGAUGUACCAGGCCAUGGGGGUUUGUCUUUACAUGCAAGAUGUGGACGGAGCUAUCAGAUACGGCGAGAAGAUCCUUAAACCUUACAAUCAGCUGUAUCCUCCCUACUCCUUGAAUGUUUCCUCCAUGUACCUGAAGUUGGGCAGACUGUACAUGGGGAUGGAGAGGCGCUCAAUGGGCAUUGGCGCUCUCAAGAAGGCAAUGGCCAUAAUGGAGGUGGCUCACGGGAAAGAUCACCACUACUUGACAGAGUUGCGCGAAGAGAUGGCACAGAAAUGAAGAGAAAGGAGAGAAAAUGACGCAACGUAGCUGAUCCCUGUGGACUGCAUGCACUCCUUUGAUCAGGUGCUUUACAGAACUCUAGGCACGUUCUCUUCUUCUUUGUAUUGGGGCAAAGAUAGAGAGUAUUCGUGUUUUUAUGGAAAGUUUUAUUUAUGGAUUUUUGGAAGUUUAAUUUUAAUGUUAGUGGUAUGUACACAGCUACUUUAGUUGUGUGCAAAAUACUUUUGUAUCUUGUUAAGUUGUUAUGCCAGAGUGAAAAGCUAACUUUGUUAAAUUUCCUUUUUACUCUCAUGUUGAUCAUAAGGUGUUUCAUAUUUGUUUUGGCUUGUGACUGACACAUCUGCCGGACCCUGUCAUCCAUCAGAGUCGAGUUGUUUACGUUUAUGUGUAAGGGCGGUCGCUGCAACAAAAUGCCUGUCAGCCAGUCAGGACAGCUGCCUCACCACACGGGGCCUAUUAAAGCUGCAGAAUGUGGCCAAGCCACAAUGGAGGGCUGAGAUGGAGGACUGUGUUUGCAUUAACACCUUCUGUGACUGCUCUGUGCUAAUUA